AUAAAGAUAUUAUUAAUUCGAUCAAGUUAGCAAAUUUGCAAAGAAUUUCAAUCUAAAAGAUCCAAUUUUUCCAGAUAUGACCACAGAGACCAAAUCCAAUUUAGUUAAGGUGAAUAGCCUAGUGAUCAAGAUGGCUCUUCAAAGGGAAAGUUUGAUGCUGAUAUGAACAAGAAGAAACUUGAAAGGUCCAGCAAACAACAGCAUGUUGAUGCAAAGCAAAAAUCUUUAUCAACUGUCACAACAAAAACAGAGGUAAAAUCGAAAACAAGUUCGAGUUCAUCAAAAACCAGUACAACCACAAAAACUAAAGUUAGAGAGAAGAAUGUUUAUACUUUGCCUGGCCAGAAACAUGAUCCUCCUGAAGAGCGGGAGUCGUUACGAAUAUUCUACGAGUCUUUGUCGAAACAGAUACCAACAAGUGAAAUGGCAGAAUUUUGGAUGAUUGAACAUGGCUUGUUCACUGAAAAAGCCAGAAAAUCAUACGAAAAGAAGCAGAGAAGGCAGAAGCAACUUCGAACUGGCACUCCGAUUAAACCUUCAAAACCUAGCAGUAAACCCCUGAGUUCACAGAAGCAGCAGCUGGCUCGAAAGAACGGAGAUGUAAAAGCAAAGAAAAGAAUCAACAAUGAUAUUGAUGAUGACGAUGACUUCAUUUUAAGUCACAAGAGAAGGAAAGGAUAA